AUGCUAAUUGAGGAAUGCAGUGCUAGAAUCCAGAGAAAGCUGCCUCCAAAACUAAAGGAUCCAGUGAGUUUUACUGUACCUUACACUAUUGGGAAUUGUCAUUUUGAUAAAGCGUUGUGUGAUUUAAGUACAAUCGAUUUUCUCAUCUUAGACGUGGAGGAAGAUAAGGACGUUCCACUCAUAUUGGGGCGACCUUUCUUAGCUACUAGAAGAGCGAUUGUCAAUGUUCAGAAAGGGCAGCUUAUAUUGAGGCUUGGCGAAGAGCAAAUCUCUUUCAACGUAUUCAAGGCAAUGAAAUUUCCUACUGAGUCAGACGGCUGUUUCCAGAUUGAUGUAAUUGACAGAAUAAUUCAAGAUACAUUUCGGCCACAUCAUCCUUCUAAUACAUACGAGGCGUGUAUUGCACAUUCUCAAUCUACUCACACUGAUUCAAAUGCUGGAGAGACUAGCAGGGCACUCGCAUUACUGUUUUCUGGAUGGGUACUACGGGUAUAG